UCCCAGGCGUUCUCACUUGUAGUCGAGUGAUUUACAAACGCUGUGCGAAUCCGUUCGAGCGAGUCACUGAACAGAACCGAUUCUGAAGAACGAUUCGUCCGAGAUUCGGACAUGACUAGUGCACAAUGCGGCAGUAGUCCGAAAGAGAGCGCAGUAUCCAGGAGUGCUUCGAUAGAGGCAGUUCACCAGGCAUGGCAAAGGAAGGGACGGAGAUGGCAGAGGAAAGUGAGCAAAUACUGGACAAGAAGGAGCCGGAGGAUCCCGUUUCUUCGGUGGAUUUGAAAGAAAUGCGGGCUGUGAUGUUGACAGGCUUUGGUGGUCUGAACAAACUCAAAGUCACCAAGAAACCCAUGCCAGAGCCUCAAGAAGGAGAAGUCAAGAUUCGCGUGAAAGCAUGUGGGCUGAACUUUCUAGAUCUAAUGGUUCGUCAAGGAAAUAUUGAUAAUCCUCCCAAAACUCCUCUUGUGCCUGGAUUUGAGUGUUCAGGGAUAGUGGAGGCAAUGGGAGAAAACACCAAAGGGUUUGAGAUAGGAGACAGAGUGAUGGCAUUUGUAAAUUACAAUGCCUGGGCAGAAGUGGUGUGCACACCGCUGGAUUUCGUCUAUAAGAUCCCAGAUGACAUGACAUUCCCAGAGGCGGCUGCCUUCUCCAUGAACUUUGUGGCUGCCUAUAUGAUGCUGUUUGAAGUGGCCAAUCUCCGGGAGGGGAUGUCUGUAUUAGUUCACUCAGCAGGAGGUGGGGUGGGUCAAGCUGUUGCUCAACUCUGUUCCACUGUCCCUAACGUCAUUGUGUUUGGGACCGCCUCGCCCUUCAAACACGAAUCCAUAAAGCAUUCAGUGACACAUCUCUUCGACAGAAACAUUGACUAUGUUUCAGAAGUUAAAAAGAUAUCUCCAGAGGGAGUUGAUAUUGUUCUGGACUGUCUGUGUGGAGAGAACACAGGAAAAGGCCUUACUCUGCUCAAGCCAAUGGGAACUUACAUUCUUUAUGGUUCAUCAAACAUGGUGACAGGAGAGACCAAAAGUUUCUUCAGCUUUGCUAAAUCUUGGUGGCAGGUUGAGAAGGUGAACCCAAUCAAACUCUAUGAGGAGAAUAAAGUCAUGGCUGGAUUCUCGCUCCUGAACCUCCUCUUCAAGCAGGGAGGAUGCAGCCAAGUCAAGACAGCAGUACAGAAACUUCUCUCCCUCUAUGACCAAAAGAAGAUUAAACCUGUUGUAGAUUCCCUUUGGGCACUGGAGGAGGUGAAGGAGGCCAUGCAGAGAAUCCAUGACAGAGGGAACAUAGGAAAGCUUAUUUUGGAUGUGGAAAAGUCUCCCACGCCUUUGAUGGCCAACGACAGCACAGAGACCAGUGAAGCAGGUGAGGAGGAGGAGGAACAUGAAGGAGACAAUGACAACAAGGAGCGAAUGCCCUUUAUUCAGUGAACACAUCCACUUACAAGACUCAUCCAGAGACUAUCAAAUACCUGAGCUGUACUUUCUGACCCUGUGCUGUGCUGUGCUGAUGCGUUUUGCUCUGUUGUUUGUCUGUACCAUUGCCAUUUUUGCAGGAUCAAGUCCUGAAAACACUAAUUGUGUUGUUAAAUGUACAACUGAAGUGCCAUUCUUAGUGCAGUGUUGAAAUGUGUUUUAGACCAAAAUGUUAUUGUGCAGACUUGUGAAUGUUUUAUUUGGGCCUGCCAAUCAGUGGAUUGACAGAUUGCAGUGCUUCUGAUGUAAAUGUGUGUGAAAUGUUUGGUGAUGUUAAAGGAGAGUGUGAGACAGUGUGUAUAUGACUGAAAGUAAUGGAGAAUUGAAAGACAGCAUUUCUGCAAGAGCUUGAUGUGCAGAGGAUGAUGUGUGUGUGUCACACAAUUUUUAGUGUGCUCGAAAGAAUCAUCUGUGUUACCCUUUAUUUAUCUCACACAUCUUAAGAUAUUAAGCAAGUAUUACCUCAAGAUAUUGCUCACGAUCAGUUAUGUAAUCGCCCACUUUCCUUAAAGGAGUAGUUCACCCA